AUGGCGUCUGUCUGUCUCGUCGGCGCAACUGGCCUUGUGGGAUCGCACAUCUUCAACACGCUGAAGAGCCGGGAUGGCGUGAGUAAGAUCUUUGCAUACUCGAGGAAAGAGCUGGCUGCGGGUGCAAAAGUCUCGCCUAUCGUGUCGAAGGAGUCUGCCGAAUGGCCGAAGCAAUACCCUUCUGGAGCGCAACUGUUCAUCUCGGCGUUGGGAACGACGAGAGCAAACGCAGGUGGUUUUGAGAAUCAGAAAAAGAUCGAUUAUGAGUUGAAUCUGGAAUUGGCCAAGGCUGCACAAGCCGCCGGAACGAAAGUCUACGUGCUCAUAUCUACCGCCGGAGCGGACAGCCAGUCAAUGAUGGGAUACCCAAAGAUGAAGGGGGAGCUCGAAGAUGCCGUGAAGGCACUCGAGUUCGAGCACGUGGUCAUUGUGAGACCCGGCCUCAUCGUCGGGACCAGGAGCGAGACACGUACGGCGGAGUUUGUGCUCAGGAAGAUUGCUGGCACCGCAGGAGCUGUCAGUAAUAAAUUGAAGGACUUCUGGGCUCAGGAUGACGAGGUGAUUGCCAGAGCUGCUGUCAAGGCCGGGCUGGACUGUGCGGAGGGUAAGGAGAAGGAGACGGUUAGGAUCUUGGCUCAAAGCGACAUCGUGAGAUUGGGGAGGACGGAGUGGAAGUAG